AUGGAUAGCCAAAAACGACGCGGCGGACGUGGGGGAUCGCGCGCCUCCCACCCCCGCGUGCCCCCCUCCAGAGCCAUCAACCCGGGCACAUCCGUCAAUAUAAUUCUCAAAGCCGACCAGCCCACAGGGCGUACAGUAUCAGGCACAGUGAGCGAAUUACUUACACGUGGCGAUCACCCACGAGGCGUCAAAGUGCGUCUUACCGACGGGCGUGUCGGAAGGGUGCAGAGCCUCCGGAGCGGGGAGCCGCAGGAAAUAGAUGGAGGGGCAGAGCGCGCACAACAGAGCGCGCCCGACAUUCAAAUAAGAGCAGAGGGAGGUGAUCUGAGCGGGAGACGCAAUCGUUUUACGUCGCGUGAUAUGCGUCUUGAUGGGCCGGAGGAGCCUUCAGCUGAGCCCCUUGGGCUGGAUAUGUACAUACGCCCCGCGAAGGGAAAGAAGAAGGGCAAAAAGACACAGGCUGGACGGAACGAGCAAGUGGAGGAGAGGCUUGAGGAUAUAAGCGGUACCACUCAGUUACCGGGUUCUCUCAAAUGUCCCGUGUGCGCUGACUUUGAGGGCGACGAAGCCGCUGUGGCGCACCACGUUGCUGGUCAUUUCGGAGAGUGA